AUGGACGUUAUAAAUAUUUUAAGAAACUCAAAAUGUUCGUUAAUAAUAGACGAGUCAACCGACAGAUCGUGUACAAAGCAUUUGGCAUUGAUUUGUAGGUACUUUCAAAAUGGAAAGAUUUUUGACGGUUUUCUAAGAUUAAUACCAAUAAGAUAUGCCAGAGCCGAGGAUAUUUACAAUAUUACCACCUACUUUCAAGAAAAAAACGUACCAUAUAAGACAAAUCUAGUAGGCUUUGCGUCCGAUGGAGCAAAUGUCAUGACAGGAAAAUACAACUCCGUCAUGAGUAGGAUGAAAGAGGAAGUUCCAGACAUAUUUUUAAAGCGCUGCAUAUGCCACAGUUUCCAUUUAUGUGCAUCAGCUGCAUGUGAAAAGCUACCCAGGACUGUUGAAGAUGUAGCAAGGGAUAUAUACAACUACAUAUCUAAUAGCCCAAAAACGACUUGAGGAGUUGAAAG